UUUUUAAGCACUUUUGGUCACCGUUCGACCCACUGUGCCAUGAGAUCUGUAUAAUCGGGAACACAUGCGCUGGUUGCACGCACCGCCAGCUGCGAUUGUUUGCAACCGCCGAAGGCGACACUGAUUCAGCCGCAACGGGGGUUCAGACAGACAUCGGACACACCAUAUAUAGCUCAGAAAUCGGGCAGACACAUGCCACGCGCUUCCUGCUCAGUCUGUCGGUCUUGCUCAGCGGCAGCAGAUCGAGUGGGAUGCGAUUCAGGACGGCCAUAACCAUAGGCCAUCGCCAUUCAGAGCCGCCCGUAAAUUGCGGCCUAAUGGCGCUGAACGACUACUGUCUGCUGCUGAUUUGCGAGCAUCUUUCGCUGGGGGACCAGCUGAGAUUGAUGGAGCUGCAGGAGGAGCGGCUAUCUGGGUCGGUACUUCGCUUGUGGAGCAGCAGAUAUGCGGAGCAGUUUGAUUUUGGCCGGGAGCCGCACUUAAAGCUGCUGAAACCCGAUGAGCAGGCUCGGCUAUUGGAUUACUUAGGCCAGCGGACAAGGGGCUUAAUCAACCUGCCGGGCACCGGCGAAGGUUGCCGGAAGUGGCUUAAACGGAAGCGGCAAGGCCUCGCCCACUUGCGCAGGCUUUCGUUCACCAAAUGCGAUACCUUGGUGGCGAGAGAGCUGCCCCACGUGUGCCCCAAUUUGGUGGACCUGAAACUGGGCGAAGGAGAGGACCUAACACCCCAAGAUUUGGAUUUACUCUUUAAGGAGCUCCCCAACCUCAGAGCAUUUGAGCUGCGGUCGCACUGGAAUUGCAACCGAUUGAAGUGCCGGUUUCCCAGAGACCUGGAAACCCUGAAAUUGCCAGCCUGUAUGGUAAACGCCAGCUCUGAGGAGAUCUUUCAACUGCCUCGACUCCGCCAAUUGACGGCUUUUCUGUGUCUAAAUUCGAGUUACCACCUGGACCACCUGGACGAAUGUGGCAAAGCGAAUGCGAAUGCCAGUGCGAGUGCAAUGGGAACUUUGUCCGUGUGCCUGCAGCAAAUUCGGGGGCGCAACUAUCGGAUUGUGGGUCUCCGGUUGCAGUGUCGCCUGGAUGACAGGCUGCCAGUGGAGGCCGUCGGGGAGGCAUUCCGGCUGCAAUACUUUGCCUGGCACUCGCAGCUGACGGUGCACUAUGACGUGGCGGACGGGAGCGUCAAGUGGAUGCCGCAGGGACCGCGGGCGGUGCGCUCCCUCCUCCCCUUUUUGGCCGCCCAGGCGACCAGUUUGCGGCAAUUGGAUUUCACGCGUAACGCACAUGCCACGCCCACAUUCCUCGCCCAGCUGACCGCCCACUUGGAGCGGGCCUGUGGCGGAUGUCCUGCCUUUCGACUGACAAACACGGAUGACAGGGAUGCGGAUGCGGAUGCGAAUGCGGAUGCAAGUGCGGAUACGGAUACGGCUGAGACAAACGAUUCGGCGUUUGUCGAGCUGAAACUGCUGCAUUUGCCUAAUGAACAAACGGAAGCGAGCACCGGAGAUGACAGCGAUGAGGGAUUACGGCAGCAGGAUAAUGGAUGGUGCAUCUGAUCUGAUUGCUGACGAUAGCGCCCGCAUAAUGGCGAAUUAAGUGAAUCUAGUGUGAUGGGGAAAGGGAUACUUCCUUAGGCACAGAUAUUUCGAUUUAUUUGUCUGAGGAAAACAUCCAAUUACAUAUGUAUAUAUAAGUUCCGCAAAAAAUGUACUUCAAUUCAUAUAUAAAAACAUUAAAUGUAUUUAGCCAAAGAAAAUAUAUUAUAUUUAAAAUACUUUUAAAUAAAA